AUGGGUAUCUCACGACGUCCCAAGGAUAAAUCCGCAAAGUCGGGCCCUGCCGGUUCGUCCGGCGCAGCGGGCGGCGGCAAGCCGAAGAAGGCCACCUACGAGGUCACCAAGAAGAAGGAGAUCGGCGUUUCGGAUCUUACGUUGCUCAGUAAGGUGUCCAACGAAGCCAUCAACGAAAACCUUAAGAAACGAUUCGAAGGUCAAGAGAUCUAUACCUACAUCGGCCAUGUGCUGGUGUCAGUCAACCCUUUCCGGGACCUGGGCAUCUACACCGACCAGGUCCUCGACAGUUACAAGGGCAAAAACCGCCUCGAGAUGCCCCCGCACGUGUUCGCUAUUGCCGAAUCGGCGUACUACAACAUGAAGGCAUACCAAGAUAACCAGUGUGUCAUCAUUUCCGGAGAGUCGGGUGCUGGCAAGACGGAGGCCGCCAAACGGAUCAUGCAAUACAUCGCCAACGUUUCGGGAGGAGAGUCGGGCGACAUCAAGCAGAUCAAGGACAUGGUGCUGGCUACCAAUCCUUUGCUGGAGUCCUUUGGCAACGCAAAGACGUUGAGGAACAACAACUCGUCCCGUUUCGGCAAGUACUUGCAGAUUCACUUCAAUGCGCAGGGCGAACCCGUCGGCGCCGACAUCACCAACUACCUUCUCGAAAAGUCCCGCGUCGUCGGCCAGAUCACCAACGAGCGGAAUUUCCACAUCUUCUACCAAUUCACCAAGGGAGCCUCCCAGACCUACCGACAGCAAUUCGGAAUCCAGACCCCCGAGACGUACGUCUACACUAGCAGGUCGAAGUGCCUCGAGGUCGACGGAAUCGACGAUUUGGCCGAGUUCAACGACACGCUCGAGGCCAUGAAGGUUAUUGGCCUUAGCCAGGCAGAGCAGGAUGAGAUCUUCCGCAUGUUGGCUGCGAUCCUGUGGGCCGGCAACAUCCAGUUUCACGAAGGUGACGAUGGAUACGCCGCUGUCAGCGACCAGUCGGUCGUAGACUUUUUGGCUUACCUCCUGGAGGUGACACCCGAACAGCUCAUCAAAGCCAUCACCAUUCGUAUCCUUACCCCGCGACAUGGAGAGAUCAUCGAGUCCCUCACGAACCCAGCCCAGGCUGUUGCGACACGAGACGCCCUGGCCAAGGCCAUCUACAACAAUCUAUUCGACUGGAUUGUCGAGCGCGUCAACAAGUCCCUAAAGGCUAAGCAGGCGACGACCAACAACAUUGGUAUUCUCGAUAUCUACGGCUUCGAAAUCUUCGAGAAGAACAGUUUCGAGCAGCUUUGCAUCAACUACGUCAACGAGAAGCUGCAGCAGAUCUUCAUUCAGCUCACGCUGAAGGCGGAGCAGGACGAAUACGCGCGCGAACAGAUUCAGUGGACACCUAUCAAGUACUUCGACAACAAGAUUGUGUGCGACCUCAUCGAGUCGAUCCGGCCUCCAGGUGUUCUCUCUGCCAUGAAGGAUGCCACCAAGACGGCCCACGCAGACCCUGCCGCUUCUGACCGGACCUUUAUGCAGAGCAUCAACGGCAUGUCUAAUCCCCACCUGACCCCUCGUCAAGGCAGUUUCAUCAUCAAGCACUAUGCAGGCGAUGUGUCUUACACAGUUGACGGGAUAACGGACAAGAACAAGGACUUGCUCCUAAAGGGCUUGCUUAACCUUUUCUCCGGCAGCAGCAACCGCUUUGUCCACACACUGUUCCCCAAUCAGGUCGAUCAGGACAACCGCAAGCAGCCUCCCUCUGCUGGUGAUCGUAUCAGAGCUUCUGCAAAUGCGCUGGUGGAAACUUUGAUGAAGUGCCAACCUUCGUACAUCCGAACCAUCAAGCCCAACGAGAACAAGUCGCCGACUGAAUACAACGUGCCCAAUGUACUGCAUCAGGUCAAAUACCUUGGUCUCCAGGAGAACGUUCGUAUUCGUCGUGCCGGAUUUGCCUACCGCCAGACAUUCGAAAAGUUCGUGGAUCGAUUCUUUCUGCUUUCGCCUGCGACGUCAUACGCCGGCGAGUACACUUGGCAGGGAUCGUACCAGGAUGCUGUCAAGCAGAUUCUCCAGGACACUAGCAUUCCCAAGGAGGAAUGGCAGAUGGGUACGACAAAGGCCUUUAUCAAAUCCCCUGAAACACUCUUUGCUCUCGAGCACAUGAGAGAUCGAUACUGGCACAACAUGGCCACGCGUAUCCAGCGCAUGUGGCGAGCAUAUCUGGCUUACAGAGCUGAGUCUGCUACUCGUAUCCAGCGGUUCUGGCGUAAGAAGAGGACUGGUGCCGAGUAUUUGCAGCUUCGCGAUCAAGGCCACAGAGUCCUUCAAAACCGCAAGGAGAGACGGAGAUACAGUUUGCUCGGCUCUCGAAGAUUCUUGGGCGACUAUCUUGGCAUUAACGCCUCAAUGGGCCCCGGCUCCCAGAUCAGAAACGCCAUCGGGAUCCCCAACAACGAGAAGGUUGUCUUCUCCUGUCGCGGAGAGAUCCUGGAAGCCAAGUUUGGCAGAUCCAGCAAACCGAGCCCCCGCAUUCUGAUUGUUACCAGCAGCAAGUUCUACAUUGUUGCUCAGAUGCUCGUCAACGGCCAGCCGCAGAUCUCGGUUGAACGGUCCAUGCCUCUGGGUACCAUCAAAUUUGUUGGUGCUUCAACGGCUCGCGAUGAUUGGUUUUCUCUCGGUGUGGGAUCGCCCCAGGAGGCCGACCCCUUGUUGAACUGUGUUUUGAAGACCGAAAUGUUCACACAGAUGCAGCGCGUCAUGCCCGGUGGCUUUAGCCUUAAGAUCGGUGAAGUGAUCGAGUAUGCAAAGAAGCCUGGCAAGAUGCAGACAGUGAAGGUCCUCAAAGACUCCCAGCAGGCUGUUGACUACUACAAGAGCGGAGCUGUGCACACCCAGCCUGGCGAGCCCCCCUCAUCCGUGUCCAAGCCCACACCAAAGGGCAAGCCGGUUGCUGCUCGGCCUAUCACCCGUGGCAAACUGAUCAAGCCCGGCGGUCCCAACGGCAGACCAUCCCGGAUGACAAACACCAACCGGACACCUCAGCCUCGACCUGCCGCCUCGACCUCCAGGACCGGGCCUGUUCAACCUCCUGCUGCAGUGAGCUCAGCCAAGACUGGGCCUUUCGGACGUCAACACCAAGAAGCUGCGGCCGUGGCGACAUCAAUUCCUACACACACGAAACCACAAGCAGCAAGCUCCGCAGCUACUAGGAUGCCUCCUCCACCCCCCCCUGCCGCGCCGCCGGCGAGGAACAAGAUCAUGGCCAAGGUCCUGUACGACUUUGCAGGCCAGAAGGAAAAUGAGUUGACAGUCAGAGCUGGCGACAUGAUCGAGAUCGUCCAGAAGGAAACCAAUGGCUGGUGGCUCGGAAAGAAUGGUGGCAGCCAAGCUUGGGUUCCUGCCGCCUACGUGGAAGAGCAAGCCCCUACUCCUGUCGUGGCUCCUCGUCCUCCCCCGCCCCCCCCUUCGGCCAACGGAGCUGCUGCCCGUGGCAAGCCUACUCCUCCUCAGCCGCCCAUGAAGCGACCUGCCGCAGGCCGCAGGCCUGUCAGUUCUCAGCCACGCGACUCGGGCUUGAGCCUGAACGGAGCUAGCGGCUCCGACAACAGCCGCAGCAACACCCCGACUCCUAGCUUGAGCAACAGCUUGGCGGACGCUCUUCUCGCUCGCAAGAACGCGAUGCAGAAGAAGGACGACGACGACGACUGGUGA